UGGACCUAUAAACAACGCAAGUGCCUGCAAUCGCGGCGGGAGCGAAGCUGGUAGCGGGGCUGGCGAUUCCGUGGCCCCGCCUCAGCGCCCGUCUCCUCCCGUCCCCUCGCCGCUGCCCGGCCGGAAGGCGGCGGACCUGACUGACGGGGACAGAAGUUUACUUUUGUCCCCGUUUGAAUAGGUUGCGUGACUUUAUUUGUAGGCUUUUAUAUCUUAAUGUCAUCAUUUUGUUGCCAUUUUCUUUCGCUACAUCGAAGCGCAGUUGCUUAGACCCAAUACAGAAAAAUGUCAAACGUCCAAGUAGCGAUUCGGGUUCGCCCACUUAACGCAAGGGAGACCACGGAUGGGGCACGGAUAGCGCUGCAAGUGGAGGACAAGAUAGUUAGGAUAAAGAACAUGAAGCUUGAUGGUCGUCCUGAUGGACAUGGGGACUCCAGAGAGAAAUUGAUGGAGUUUGGGUUUGACUACUGCUACUGGUCCGUGGACCCUGAAGGCCCUAACCAUGCGUCACAGGAGGAGGUGUUCCAGGACCUUGGUGUGUCUGUACUAACAGGUGCAUCUGAGGGCUACAAUGUUUGCCUUUUUGCUUAUGGGCAGACAGGCUCAGGGAAGACCUACACUAUGAUUGGGACACCUGCUUCCAUUGGGCUCACGCCAAGAAUCUGUCAGGGAUUAUUUAGGACAGAUGGCAGCUUUCCUGAAGGACAGAGCUCUAGCAGAGUGGAAAUCAGCUUUUUGGAGAUCUACAAUGAGCGUGUGCGUGACCUGCUGAAGCACUCGAAGCAGAAGAAGCCCACCACGCUGCGAGUCCGAGAGCACCCAGAGAAGGGCCCCUAUGUGCAGGGCCUGUCACAGUACGUGGUGUCUGACUACAAGCAAGCCGUUGACCUUCUAGAGACGGGCAUCGCCAAUCGCAUCACAGCCGCCACACAUGUGCAUGAUGCGAGCAGCCGUUCACACGCCAUCUUCAGCAUUCAGUACACUCAGGCUAUACUUGAGAACAGUCUCCCUUCAGAGAUUGUCAGUAAGAUCAAUCUGGUUGACCUUGCUGGCAGCGAAAGAGCAGACCCACACUACUGCCGCGAUAGAAUCACAGAAGGAUCCAAUAUCAACAAAUCCCUGGUCACCCUAGGAAUUGUCAUCUCUGCUCUUGCCCAGAACUCUCAAAUGUUCAGCAGCUGUCAGAGCAUUAACAGCACUGCCAGUGAGGGAGAGGGCAGUGUCGCGGGUAGCCAGUGCAGCUCGUACUCGGGGGCUGGCAGGCGGCAGUGCUUCAUUCCCUACAGAGACUCCAUUCUUACUUGGCUGCUCAAAGACAGCUUAGGAGGCAACUCUAAGACCAUCAUGAUCGCCACUAUUUCUCCCUCGUGCAGUAGCUACAGUGAAACGCUCAGCACCUUACGCUAUGCCGCACACGCGAGGAACAUUGUCAACAAGCCGCGUGUCAAUGAGGAUGCCAAUGUGAAGCUGAUCAGGGAAUUGAGAGAGGAGAUCAAUCGGCUGAAGAGCAUGUUGCUGAGCUUCAAAAUGCAGCGUAACCCCAGUCCAUCUCUGAGUGAAGACAGGGAUGGAAACCUCUCUGACAUUGUCCUUCAAAAUGAGCUGAAGGUUGAGCAGCUGACAAAGGACUGGACCGACCACUGGCAUGACAAGAAGGAGCUGUUAGAACAGUACAGCGUGGACAUCAACCGCGAUCGGGCCGGGUUCCUGAUCCGUUCUCUCUUGCCACACCUCAUUGCUUUGGAUCGGGAUGUCCUGAGCACAGGAGUCACCUUCUAUCACCUCAGGGAAGGGGUAACUAAGAUUGGACCACAAGACCAACGAGAGGAACCUCAAAUAGUCCUGCAGGGUGAAGCCCAAUGUGAGAUUGUCAACCAGUGUGGGAUGGUGACACUGAGGCCGUUUCCUGGGAGCGUCUGCAUGGUGAACGGACGCGAGGUGACGGAACCCUGCCAGCUGGCACAAGGGGCAGUGAUCACUUUGGGGGAGGUCCACAAAUUUCGUUUCAACCACCCCGCUGAGGCAGCCCUCCUAAGAGAGCGAAGACGGGCCAGCGGGGGAAUGCUGAGCUGCAGCAUGUCUGACCUGAGUUCCCUCACGCCACGGCCAAGUGAGAAAGAGGAGGAGUGCUGGGAGCAGGGCGGGGGUAAGAAAGGAGCUGUUCCCAGGCAGCGGGUGCAGGAGCAGCAGAGGUACGUGCAGAGCCUCCGGGAGGAGAUCCAGGUGGAGCAGCAGUGGGCCGAGCGGGACCUGGAGAGAGAGCAGGCGUACCUGAGGCAGCAGCAAAGAGAGAUUCAGCAGUGGGCUCUCCAGGAGAGGCAGCGUCUGUCAGCUAAUGAGAGGAAAACGGAAGAAUCUGAAGCGCAGACUGAACUCGUGUUUAAAAUUCUCAAAGGCGGAGUCAGAGACACAGGGGUGGGAGACAGAAAAAGGGUGGUGCAGGAAGAGCUGCUGCGACACCACGCACUGCGCCGAGCCGAGAACCGGGUCCGGCGCAAGCGGCUGCACUACCAGCUGGAGAGGAUUGCUCGGAAGCGCCACCUGCUGGAAGCCAAGCGGGAGCUGCAGUGCCUGGAGUGUGCCCUUUCUCCUGACAGCUCCUCGUCGUCUGAGCCUGGCUUGCCCGCGAAGACAAAAGGAAGCUCAUAUGUCCUCAGACGGCAUUCAUUCUCUGCAGACCUCCUGUCACGUCUGUAUCCUAAACACAACCCUCUCUUUAGUCAUAUUAUAAGAAGAAACAAGAGAAUGAGAAAUCGUGCCAAUACAUUACCUACUGGAAACAGAAGCUUGGAGGGCAAAACCAUCUCUUUGGAAAGCCUAAAGGCAGGAUUACUACAUCCUGAUCAGCUAAACAGGGGACUCUAUAAAAGAAAGCUGUCAUUCACCAACAUUAAUGUAAUCAAAAGUGGAAAGGAAGAACUACAGCAAACUGAUUCUUCAGAACUACAUGGGAAGGACAACAAGGAAACACCAUCGACAGCCAGCAAACUCAACACUCCUUAUAGCCCACCCAAAAUUUGCAAGUCAUCAUCCAAAGGCAGCAAAAGUCUGGAGAGAAUACGAAAGGUAUUCUCCCAAUCGGCCGGGCCAGGAAUCCGGACUGCAUUGUCCAAAUUCUUUUGCAAGCCACCAUCAGGGUUUAUUGGUAAUAAAGGCAAUCAGUCAACCAGUACCUCUCAGUUCCAAGGAAAUAAAGGAGACGUGAACGUGGAUGCAAAGACUGAACAGCGGCCAUGGAAUAUUAGUUUGGGGCAAAGGGGCUGGUAUAGUGAGGAAGCUUUGAAUAAGGCUUUGGUGGAACAGGCCAGGGAGAAACCAACAUGUGUCCAAUCGGUGGAUAAUAGGAAGGGAGAGGAGGAAGAAGUCUCUUCAGAUUGUGACAGCUCAUUCUCUUUGGACUCACUGUCAUCAGCUUACACCAAAGCUCUGGCUGAACAGCUAAGGCAUGAGGAAUUUGAAGAUGGGAACAACAGCGAGUUGGAAAGUGUGAACAGUCAGAUAUCCCAGGAUUCACUGGUGAUGGAAAACAGCAGUAAGGCAAAUACAAUGAGGCUGAAUUCUAAGCCGUCGCUGUCCAGUCACUGCUAUUCUCAGGUGAAUGAGAAGACAUUCUUGACUGAGGAGAUUGAUAAUGAAAUGUUUUCCUCCCUUGAGCCUUGUGCAUCCGAUGAGAUGCCAGCAGAAGCAUUCUGGAAUCUCAAAGGUUUUCACAUGCCAAAAGCUGGAAAUAAAAAGGAAUCCAAAAUGGAGUUAGACAGUGAGCCUCAAUUAAAGGCAAAAUCUGCAGCUCUCUUAUUAGAAUCUAAAGCUACUGAAGAGCAAGAAGGAGGUCCACUACUGGGAGCCAACAGUUCUACUCAGUUUUCCUGGUCAAGUGCCAAAGAAACUGAGAAUCUGUGUGUGCUUACAGAUGCCUGGUCUUCUACCGAGCCAUCUGACAGUCCCAGUAUCAACAGCGGCUCAAUGGCCGUUAGCCGGUCAAGAGAAAUACAUCCAGUAUGUAGCAUCAGCCUUCAAAACAGCACAGAUGUCUUUGAAAGCAUUAGUGACUCUGAAACCCCAACCAUUCAUACGAAUGACAGUAAAGAUGCAACAUUAUUUCAGCAGGAAUACUGGGAUUCUGAAAGUGAGAAUACCCAGGUGGUUGGAAUGCUGGAAGAUCACAAGAUAACGUCUUCAAUAGCUGCCAUGAACAGUACUAUAAAAGAAUCUGUUUAUUCUGAAGGUGGCAAUCUUGAGGAAUGUUCAGAAUUUGUACCAGGUAUGAAAGGAGGAGUAGAAGACUCUGCAACAUUGGAAAAAUCAGGCAUGCAAAAGAAUGACGAUGAAAUGGAACGUUUAUGCUUUAGGACAGAUAUGUGUAAACCUGUAGUUGUUGCACCUCUCUUACGUAAAAGCCACUGUUUCCUUUCUGAAGGUGAACCUAGGACUUUUAACAACAUGGAGACAUUUCCAAAUGACCGAUCAUUAGACACGGAGUGUGUCGGUGCUGAUAAGUCUAUAAGUCAGGACCGUGCUUCAGGCUUCCUUUGCAGGAAUACCUACUCUACUUCUGAAGACAAAUUUUUAAACGUCAAAAAUGCUGGAGCAGAAGGACAACAAAUGGAUGGUAUUGAUUCUGCAGUAGGAAGCCAGUCAGUCAUCAUGUCUACAUGUGAUACAGACAGAUCAGGCUGUCAUGAAAUUACUGUGCCACCCAACUUACCACUGUUUAGAAAGGUAUAUAGUGAUCCUAUUCCAAAACGCAUUAUUGAUUUUAAUGAGGUUUCUGUCGUAAACACAAUGGGACUGCCUUUUAGUAAAGUAGUUGAAGAUACUUUGUUAAAUGAAUCAGAACUUAAAGGCUCAAGCAGUCACAGCUGUCAAGCUAUGGGAAGUACCACUGAAGAUAUGAAAGUGAAGACGGCCGCAAUUCUGAAAACCCAGGAUAGUGACACGAUGCUGAAUGGAAGCCAGGGAACAAGUCAGACUUUGCUGAGUACAGAAACAGUGUUUGAAUCGAAGAACCUUAAGGUGCUAAGUAAGAACGCAAAAGAAACUCUUAAUUUUCCUGUCUCUUCUGAGUGUUAUCGGAAUGAAGGCAAAUGUACGGGAAGUAUUGCUGAGGGUCUUUCUGCUGAUAGGUCUUCGUGCAACGAGUCUGAUAAUCAGACAUACCUGAAAGGGAAUCAGUGGGCAGUUCUUUGUGAUGAGAACAAAGAUUACUCAGUAAAAACCACUAGCAAGGCAUGCAAGCUUGGGGUAAUAACCGAGUGCUUAAAACAAGGCAUUAGUCAAAAUAUCUACUCCUUAAAGGUACAUAAGACUCUUAAGACCUAUUAUAGAUGUAAGGAUUUCAAGAGAAGGAAACUCAAACUAGGAUUUUGCUACACUGCAACAAAGUACCGUAGGAAGAAAAAGGCACAAAACAAGACAUGUGAUUAUCAGGAAAAAACUGGAAGACAAAAGAGCUUCCAGAAAACCCAAAGCAACCACCUUCCAUUUUCUGAGUUCUUUGAAGUUAGCACCCCUACUCACCAAAGUCCUACAAACCUUGUUGAUAUCAAAAAUGCUAACCAUAUAACUGUUAUGUACGACGGUUUGAAAAGUUGUAAGAAAUGCAUUUCUGCAGAGAGUGUAGAUGUUUCAGUAGGUAAGGAUGAGGAACCUGCACAUAACAGAGAGACAGUGACUGUAAAACAAACAACUGAUAUUCAAGAAAGAAUUAAGGAGCUCUUGGAAUACUCAGGAAGAGGCAACGCAGAAGAGAGUGAUCCCAGUCCAGUAGAUCAGAAGAUCUCUGAAGUAGUAAAAGAACAUAUGCAGGUCACCAUUAAAGAGUUUGAGGAAAGCUCAAACAGUGAUGAAUUUGUCUAUGAAGCAACGGCAACUAAAAUGGAAAUGGAUCAGAAGAAAAGUUUAUUACUAGAACAAAUGUCCCUCAAUGAUAUGGUUAAGCCAGUUUUUGCUGUAAACAUAGCAACAAGCCCCUCUAAAAACAUUUCAUUAACUUCUACAAACUGCAAUAAAACCGAAGCAACAAGUGUAAUAUCAGAUGUCUCACAGACGAAUGCCUUCAACACCCAAAUUCAACACUGUAGUCCAGACCGAGAGUUAGACAGACCUGGCAUGAACUCUGGUGCCUCUCUGCAUAAUAUAAUGAAACAGAAAUGCACUGCUAUGGAUAAUACAGAUGACAUGCAAAUAGUUUCAGAGUCAAACAAAAUUUCCAGUUCAACAGAAAUGAGCAGUCCUGCAAAUGAUCCUGUGAUAGAUGUUUUCAGAAACCAGCAGGUAACAAAACACUAUGAAGCCAAUCACAUUCAGGAAGAGGCGACACUGGAGUGCUGCAGAGCUGAGUGUCAGUCCAUAAGGAGGCAUAAAAUUGACUUAGGUCUACGCCUGGACAGUGUUAACCAAGAAAGCUCAAAACAGAAUGUAGAGAAGCAUAAUAUACGCUCAUCUACAUGUCUGUUUGAAAACUGCCAUGAGAAUGAUUUGUCAAGGCAUGUUCACUUCAGAAAGCCAGCAAUACAAACAGAGGUUGAUAAUUUAAGAAAUACUUAUGCCUCAACUGUAGCGUCACCCAUUACUCAACUGAAGGAUGAUCAAAGGAAUUCCUCUUUUCAUCAUGCAGAACACACCAGUAAAAGCUGUUUGAAGAGAAGUCAAAGCAUGCUAAAUGGCCUCGGUACUGAAGACUGUGAUGUUCUGCCUAAGUCACACAAGCAAGCCCUGCAGUCACACACAAGUAUGGACAUUCACAUCAAGCCCUUGUUGCCAUCUGCUAAAAUAUCUAACGCAAAAAUGAAUUUGCAUGAAAACAUCUCUAGUAUCGACUCUCAAACUUUAGAUGGACAAAUCACUCAAAACUGCAGAUUAAAUUUUCUGGAAGAGCAGUUAUGCAAUGAAGAUUCUCCCCAAAAGGUCUCUUCAAAGUAUUUAUGUUCAGCUGGCAGUCAGUCUAAGGAUGGCUCAGAAAUCAUUCUUAGUAAAGAAAUCUCAGGUGAAGGAGAUAAAAAAUUUCAUAAAAGAUCAUGCAAGCUUGUAGAUUUCACCAAAGCCUUCAAACAGGAGCGGAUACAGGAAUAUCUUACAGAAAGUAAGGAGAGUGGAGAGGGGUCUUUUCAAAUGCUUUGUCUGAAAAGUGAAGAUUCUAAAGAAGAAACCUGCAAAGUUGGUACUAAUUCACCAGCACCUGCAUUGCAGUCUAUACAAGAGGACACUAUUCAUCAAACAAAAGAUUUUGAAUUUUAUUUAAAUUUUCUUCAAAGUUAUCCAUCACCAACAAACAGAAGUACUCAACUGACAUCAAUUUACACAGGAGAUGAUUGCUGUAUGGAAGUUAACAAUGAGAGCAAACCACUCUCCAGUUUUGCCACCUGUACUCUCAGCCAAGAUUAUUAUCAACAAGAUUGUGAUAUUUUUGACAUUCCAAAAGAUGGGGAUAGUACCUUGGACGAUAUUAACCCUAGUGACAAGACUUCAACUUCAUCUUCUGAUUUAAAGGAUUUACGGAAGCAGUUACAGGACAAUAAAGCAUGCCAAGCAAAAACUCGGCAAAAAGGAAAGUUAAAGAAAUUAUCUAGAUUAAAUGCAAGAACAACUACCACUUCUUCUUCAGAUUCUUCAGCUAACUUUUCUUCAGAAGAAGUGGUAGGCAGGUCUGCAAGAUACAAAACCUCACCCGAUAAUCAGAUCCAGUGUAAACAGGAAGUAUUAGUUAAAAACAAGAGCACAUGCAAAGACCACUCAAAAGACUGGAUUGCACACUCCUCUUCACAUUCCCUGUCCUUCCUACAAAAUGAUGGAUCUAAAAAAGAAUUAGGAGAAACUCUGAACCACAAAUCUAGUACUUUAUGCACCGAGAGAAAAGAUAGAGAUAUUAGUAAAAGAAGACAUGGAGAAAAAAAAUUCCAAGAGGAAGAUACUGAAAAAACUAAUCCUGCAGAGGAGUCCAAAAGUGAUUGUAUACAAAAAACUUCUACACAAAAAACCCCAAAGCACUACAGUUCCCACCUUGCACCAAAAGGAAUGGCACAAGAUCAGCAGAACUUUCAAAAAAUGGAUACGACAAUUCACUUUACCUCGAGUGAUGUUAAUCCUUUUAUCCAUUCAUGGCAAGACUCAGCAACUCAAAGGCAGCGUAAAGUUUUCGGAAGUGCUGCCGAUAUCUCUAACAAAACACCUGAGCUUAAUGGUGCUGGCAAUAGAGCAGCCAGGUGCUGCAGUGUUGAUAAUGGCCUGAAUGUUCAAAGCUGCCCUUUUUACUCCCAUCUCAGUACAUUUGCCAAAAAGAAAACACUAUCCAGCACCCUAAGCAGCAUUGAAGGCUGCAAGGAGCAAAGCUCUUCAGAAUGUCAGUACGCUUCUAAUGCUCUCCUCAAAGUGCAUGUGGGAUCCUAUGAUUCUUACUGCAGUGACAUCUCUAGAAACCCGGGCAACAGCUCUGAUCAAGUAGAUGAAAAAAUGUUGGUUUGCCCUUCUGAAGAAGAGUCCUCAGAUGCUGUACAUAAAGAAUACCCAGUGUUGACUUGUAACCAGUGCACCCAGACAUCUGUACCAGAUAGAAAGCAGAAAAAGAUAAACCAUCAGCGAAGAAGCAGAACUGAAACCCAAAGGAGCAGUAUGGGUGCUGAGGACAAAGACAUGGCCUCCACAUUAGCAAACCUUCAGAAUAUGUCUCUACAUCUUUCGCAGUUAAUCUACAAUACCUCAGGUCUUUUAGGGAACAUGGAAGCCAUGGAUGCAAGUCAUGUCACAGUAAAUAGUAGAACCUCAUCUUCAAGCAAAUUCAGCAUGCAGAGAGACUGCUCGACUCAAACUGCCGUUGACGUAGAGAUCCAAACAGACAGCAUUAUAAAGCCAGUUGGCAGCAAAAAUAUGCAGACAGAACAACAAAUAGAGGAAACAUUAAAACCUCAGGAAGUUAAUGUGAUUGUCAAGGUCGUUGGUGCUGAGACUGUCAGUAUUUCUCCAGAGAAGGAAGACUUUACUUUGCCCGUGCAAGGAAGGACCUUCAAGAAAAACACUGCUCAGGAAAUGACGACUUUGCCUAAUCUAAGUGGCUGCUCUGACGGGUCACAAACUGCAAUGGAGAUAGGUCUUCCAAAAGUUCAAGCUUCUACUUCAUCUUUAAAAGAUGAGGUCGUUUUUCAGAGUUUCUCCCACUUAAAGUCUCUGGCCCAGAUAGACAUACCAAGACAGUCGUUCUGUACCAGCCUUGGAGACACCAAAAUGAGAGGUAGUCUUGUACAGACAACUGGACUGAAAAAUGAGACCCCAAGGAAGGACAAUGCUUUUCAUCAUGUUACAAAAAGAGUUUAUGUUACAGACCGUGCUUCUUCUCCUAUUCUAACUGUAGAAGCUGGAGUUGCCCAGAUGCUCCGGAGUAAAUCAAGUCAGAGCUUAGGUAACUGCCAAAUGAGUGGAAUGCAGGAACCCAUGAAGGAACUGGUUUUAGAACACAUAAACAGUCUAUCUCCUACUGCCAAUAAAUUUCAGAAGCAGAAAGAACAGUGUUUCUCAUACAAGCAAGCCAGAAUUCUGGGAGAAAGAUCUCAAUACGGUGAUCAGCUAAUUGAAUCUUCUGGCAAUAGAUACAUUAGUAGUGUUUCCCUAGAAAAUAUCAAAAGUUUGAAUUAUAACCCUUUAAAUAAAAUCUUGCAAAAUGAUACUUGUGACAGAAUCAAGGAUCAGUUGGAAAAUGUAGGAUGUGGAGUUCCUAAGCCCCUAAGUAUGCAGUCAGCAACCCAAUGUCCUAGAUUAUCCCAUUCGUCCUUGCAUUCCAAAAUUCAUCAGGCUUCCUCUGCAAUACCUGCACAAAGAAAUGAUCCACUUUUUGACCGUAAACUAGAGGAAUCUUAUAAUAGACAGCAAAUUUACAUUCUUGACAAGGAGUUAAGCUUUGACAACCAUACCCUUAAAAACCACCAGAAAGAAGUUAAUAAUACAGGAAAUGACUUACGGAAGCCUGAACCUUUCGUUAGGGAGGGAACAGUUCGGCUUCAGGAAGAUGAUGCUGUGUCACUGAUGGCAAGCGAAUGUGAUACGGACAUCCUCAUCAACACGAGACCCCUCGUGGAUGAAGUGGAAAAAGAAUAUCUGAGAAUCCCCGAAGAUCUCCCAUUGCACAAUAAAUUCACAAACUGGUCGGGUGUCAACUGUUGGCCCCCUUCAAGUCCGAGCAGCAGCUUAAGCCAAUUAGCCCGAGUUACCUCCAGGCAAGAAAUGAAGGGUAGCCAUUCCGACCUCGGUUGUUCAGAAAGCCCCAAAACAGAAACAACAAUGGUAAUUGACAGCAGGCUACGGGAGAUUGAAAGACUGCGGCAGGAGCGAGAACAGGUGAUGGCAACUGUUCGACUGGAUAUGAACCCUCGUCCGCUAACUGUAGAAUUAACAGAAGCCAAGCUGCACUAUGGUCUGGGGGAAACAGAUGCAUUACUGAAGUUAAUGAAGUCUGGAUCUGUUGAAGAAGCUUGCGGUGUCCCCACAAAGCAGCAACUAUAUGACAGACACAGGCACAGCAUCGAGGGCUUGCGGCAGGAAAGAGAAGCACGGCUCCAAAGUUGCAGACGAGCACGAAGUCUGAGCCCCAGCAAGCCGACCUCCGGAAGAAGGUCUGAGCUUCCUGUCGGAGCCGCUGAAUUGCCCAGUCAGCGACGGGACCACUUGCAGAAGCUCCGCCAAGCGGUGGUGACAAGCAGCAGGUUGACAGUCCCACCGAGACAGACAGGAGAGUGUCCCUCUGAGAUAGAGCUGCUGCUAAAGGACUAUGGGCGUGCCCGUGAGGUAGCCAAGAGCGAGAUUGCCCGAGCGCGAGAUCGGCUUCGUGAGAGGACUCGGCAGGAGAAGAGGCGGCUCCACCAGCAAGCCCUGUCUCAGCUGGUGAAGGAUGACCUGCGGUUUCGAACACGUGUUAGCAGUAGUACCCUGUGUACUGGGUCAAGCCUCAGCCUGUCCUCUGGGCAUACCUCUGGCUACAACAGCAGCAACACUGCCCGGAUCCAAGAGGGCAGCAGACCCUCAUGUCCACUGCAGAUCUGUGAGCCAUCAGAAGAUGGCAGAGUAAAAGUCAGAGGCUGUCCUCCCAAGAAUGUUUCACUGGGCGUGGAUCCUCACCGUUCAUGGGCGUCUGCUCAAGACGUUUGUGUGGAGGCCGCAGUCAACAAGAGUGACCCUCAGCUCCUGUCCACUUCACAUCCACGUGGGCAUCACUGCAGUUUGUCUUUCAGCUCGAUGCCUUCCAAACCCCCAGCUUACCAGGAUAUUGCUGCCAGCACUCUGUCUUCUGCCAUUGCGGAGAUAUACUCUGCUGGUAAUGGAGACUUGAAGAACUUGCUGGAUGGAAAGGCCUCGAGUGGUUGGAGACACCAGGGAGCAGAGCGAGGGGUACAGGCCUUCUAUAAGCCUUCCUCAAGCCCCUCCAUGCACAGCUUCCUGGGGGCAGCAGAGCUGCAGAGGCCUCUGGCCAGCCUGUGGUGCAUGAUCCGUGACCACUCCAAAGCCCACCUGUACCACGGCUCUGUACAUUCCACCCGGACCCGAACGCUGGACAGCAGCACCGAGCUGGUCUACCUGCUGACAGAUGUCUCUAGCUGCCAUCUUGUUCAGCCGCGAGACUUCUGCUGCAUCAGCAAAGAAUCUAAACAGGAUUGGGGAUGGGUUCUGGCAGUCCGCUCUCUGUGUGAGACGUCUCUUCUGCCGCCCAGUGCGGAGGCUGUGCGUGGGGAGCUGUUUCCCAGCGCCUGGCUGCUGCAGCCCAGCCCCCAGGACGGCAGGGAGCUCGUCAGGGUGUUUUACUUGCUGCAGGUGGACUUGAAAACUGCGGCCCUUUCUCCAAGGCUCCUGAGCUCAGUCGCUAAGAAGCAGGCAGCAGUCAUUUCUGAGCUGGAUGAUUUCUUCUCCAUCUGACUCCAGAGAAACUUCCUCUGUUGUAAAAAAAAAGCACUUACAGUUUAUAUGGAGUUUAAUCAUUUCUAUUUUCCACUAUUUUUAAAUAAGUUGACUUGAUUUUUUUUUCUUACUGAUUAAUAGCACUGGUGAGAUUAUUUUGAUGGAAAGAAAUACAGGAUUUUAAGCUUUAUAUCUUAAAAUAAUCCAAAACGUCUGUGUGUAUAAGCUAGCUAAGCCUCCUUGUGCCAAAGAUGGGUAGAUCAGCAUAGGAACCAACCCCAUUGUCAGGACUGCUUAUUGUAAUAUAUUGAAGGCCCAACCUGCCCACAUUAAAUCAGUGGACCAUCCCAGUGAAAACAGAAUAUCGUGGUCAGGUAGACUACUCCAAACAUCUGAGAAUAUUUUAGUUAAAUAGGAACGUUACCCAGUCACAUUUAGUUGAAUGCAAAUGAGUUAAUAUGUAAUCUAAAUGAACCGCUGGAGAUAACUAACAUUGUUAUGUUAGUAACCAGUUUGUUAACAAAUGAAAACUUGAAAUUGACUACUCACAGGUACAUCAGGUAUGGUUUUAUGUUUCGAAAUAAAUAAGUAUCUUUACUUCCAUAUUCUUGCAAGAAGAAUUGCCUUUGAAUGUUGAUUCUUGUCAAGGUUAACAAGAAGCUGUAAUUUAUUGGCUGGUGAGCUAUAUGUAAGCUUCAGGUUACUUCUUUUUAUUGCGGUUUUGGUCUGGUUAUGAAAUCACUACAAUAAGAUGGAUCCAAAGUGCAGGCUCUCUUUGCAUAACUGUGUGUGAAUGUCUGCUGUACUGACAGUUGAAAUAUAAAUUAUUACACACCUUACUUUUCAUUUUUGCAUAGACAUGUUUAAGGGUAGAAUAUGAGUCUGCUGCCUGUGGUAAAUGUCUUUAUGUCCAGGCCACCUUUGCUACAGCACUGGUGUUACAAGGCCAUGGAUCUGUGAUUUUCUUAAACGAGGAGCUUUUAUGUACAGAUUUUUAAAAAAAAUAUUUUAUAAAUAUAUUAUAUAUCUCUGUUUCUUAAAUGUUUAUCAAAUUAUUUAUGGUAUUUAUCAUUUUUACUGAACUGUAAUUUUAGUUUUUUCCCUGUGACAUUUUUUCACCUAUUUUUUUUAUUCUUCUAUGAUUGUUACUAAAUGUGUUCAUGACUGUGUAUUAUUUUUUUUAAAUACAGUUGCCAUUUAUAUGUAA